CAUGUGAACCACUUUAAAUUGCUUGUCGCCCCGGACAACCAUCUUCUUAUCGCUGCCGGCUCAACGACGAUAUCUUUCUACCUUUACUGUCGCCCAUCCUAAUUUCACCCUCAUCUCCCUUUCUGUCGACCGCCGUCCCUGACGUCGCCCUCCGAGUGCGGAACUGCGCCGACUCGCACCUUCCUAGCCGUCACCCCACUCUGUUUCCUUCGUCGCUACCUGGCAUACUCUCCGCCCAUCCUAGAUCUUUAAUCCUCCUCUCUAAUUGCAAUCAUGGGCAAGAAAUUUUUCUCCGGGUGGGAGCUGUGGCAGCAGAUGACUUUUGUCCUGGCUUGCGGAAUUGUUGCUACGAUAUGUCUAGGUCUCUGCAAACUGAAAUAUGACCAUUACCGCAUCCGCAAGUACACCAAGGUCGAGAAGGGCAAGACGGCGCGGACGCCGGAGAUGUUGGAGGCGCAGCGCGAGGAGCAAAAAGACGAUAUUCCGUUCGGCAUUCGCGCCAUCGAGAGUGGAAUCGAGGUGGACGGCGUGUGGAUAUCAAGGAGCAACACUCCAGUCGGCAGCAGUCGCUCCUCGAUGACCGAAAUUAAACUCCCACGGAGCUUCAGUAAUUCGCAGCUUGAGCUUCCCCAAGCGAUACAUGGCUCUAGUCGCAACAGCUCCCGCGCCCCCAGCUCCUUCGACAUCGCCGUCUCCGCCGAGCGCAUACCAAGUAAUGAGUCGCGCUCAACCUCGCCUGCCAGUCACCUGAACCAUAAUGAAGCCCGUGGACGACCGUCUGCUCCCCGAAGCUCAACAUACAGUAAUAGUAAUAUCACUCGAAAUUCCACCACCCUGCACGCACUGGAAGGAGCCCCUUCAGCAUCUUCUUCAGCACGUCGCGAACCUAUCAGCGACCAACAGGCCAGCUCGUCCAGCUCUGCCAACACUUCCGGCAACACUUCUGGCAAGUCUAGCCGCCGCACUAGCGACGAGUCCGACUACAUGGCUCUUCAGGAAGCCCGGCCAUACGAAGCCGCAUACAUCAACCCCAGACACGCAUCGCUAGUAGUCCCAGUCGACCCGCGGACGGAUCUUGAUCUGCUCCAAAGCCAUCGGUUGUCGCACGUCGCCGAGACAGGGCAGCUCACACCAAGGGUUCGCAGACCAGGUAAUAGCGGAGAAUGGGCGAGUGUUGCGGAGAACUUGCUGAGGUCGCCCCAAGAAAUUGCAACAGCCAAUGGUGUUGACUAUUUCGUGCCUCAACAGAAGACUCCUUCUCCUCCGCUUCCUCCUGCCGUAAGCCCCUCAGACGAAGCGCCAGCGCCCUUCGUUUCGAGACCUACCCAGGACGGACACGCCAGGAACCAGGCUAAACAAGCCGUACCACUGCUCGAGACGUACGCGCCCCGACCCUACUAUCUUCCCGAGGCCUACCAGCCCCAAGGUCCGCACCACCAGCAUUCGUACGACGAGAUGCCGAUCGAGGUCAAGACAGGCCAGAACCGGCGCGACGUCGACUCCCAGGUUCUCCGUAAAGUCAAUUCGGGGUUCGAAAUUCUGCGACCGGGCACAUUCGCGCCGCCAAGUCCCGAAGAGGAGGACAAAGCUGCGAACGCAGAGAAGCGUCAAUCGAAACGACUGCAGAAGAAGCGGAGAUCGUCCGCCGGAUCAAGAACGUCUCAUUUUGUGGAGCAAGUUUGAGACCCUUGCAUAGACGGUUUCGUCAUCGGUCGGAACGUCUACACGUGCACAACGCAAGCUCGAUCUUGGAUCUCCUUGCGCUCUUGUACACCCUCAGCAUCAUGGUUCGGCGUUUAUUGAGCAGGCUUAUUUCACCAUGCAAGGUUGCACGCGGACUAAACCUCUACGGGCUGGCACCUCAUUACUGCAUUGGAGUUUUUUGGAGCGACUUCUAUAUGUA